CCAGCUGCCUGGUACUCGGUGCUCGCCUUGUUGGUCGCGGUGCCGGCCCUGAUGGGCUACCUGCAGGAGACGUGCCGGACCCGGCCCUCGGAGCCGGAGCUGGUGCGCAGGAGGUACCACAGCGUCCGCAGGGAGGACCUGCGCAGGGUGCAGCUCUCGCGGCAGGAGGCCAUCGCCCAGGUUAAGAGCUUCCUGAUCCAGCUGGAGGGGUUUCUGAGCAGGAUGUGCCGCAACUGUGAGGUGGUGUACCGUGUGCUGUACUGGGAGAACCCCACUAUCUCUUCCCAGUUUUAUGGGGUGCUGCUAGGCACUGUCUGUGUCCUUUAUUUGCUGCCACUCUGCUGGGUCCUGGCCAUCCUCAACAGCACCCUCUUCCUGGGCAACACCCAGUUCUACCAAGUGAUAAUGGAGCUCAAGGCCUCGAUCGAGCACUGUGUGGGCACCAAACCCCUUGAGAGUACUCCAGAGCCUGUUGAACUCCUGCCAGCUGCUGCCAUACCAGAUCGGACUCCCACACCCACCAGCGCAGAGGACCUUACCCCUGGCAGCGUGGAGGAGGCAGAGGAGGCAGAGCCUGAUGAAGAGUUCAAAGAUGCCAUUGAGGAUGAUGAUGAGAGCUCUCAGUGCUCAGCAGAUUUUGACCUCAGCCUCCCAGACAAUGGUUUUAUGAGCAAAAACGAGGUGAUCCGCAGCAAGGUAUCACGCCUGACCGAGCGCCUGCGCAAGCGCUACCCCAGCAACAACUUCGGGAGCUGCACAGGCUGUGCGGCCACCUUCUCUGUCCUCAAAAAGAGGCGGAGCUGCAGUAACUGUGGGAACAGCUUCUGCUCCAGGUGUUGUUCCUUCAAAGUCCCCCGGGCUGUGAUGGGAGCCACAGCUCCGGAAGCUCAGAGGGAGACCGUGUUUGUGUGUGCUCUGUGCAACCAGGUGCUCAUCAAGUGAUGGAACAGGCCCAGCCAGCUCCUGUGUUCUGCACUGCCUGACACCUGGGACAGCGGGUGGGCACCCUUGCCACUGGGACCCUGGACUGUUUGGAUCCCAGCAUGACAUUCCCCUCCCAGAGGCCACUUGCACUCGCUGUUCCUCCUGCCAGCACCAGGUUGGGGCCUGGCCAGCCCUCCUUACUAUGCACUGGCCUGGGUCCCUGCAGGGGAGCACUGCCCAUGGCUUUGCCCCAUUUCUGCAGCAGCUCCAAGCUCUGGUUGCUCUCUGGCACUUGCUGUGCCCUGUCACAUACUUGCCCAGGCCCUGUGGCCUGGCUCAGUGAUGGAGGAACCAUCUUUCCUAGUCGUGGUCCUGCCUUCACCUCCUGUGUGGGGUGGAACAACCUCAGGGCUCUGUCAUUACCUUUCCCAGCCCUGUGCUAUAAGUGACUGUAUUUUUAGGAUCAAGUCGGAGCUCUACCUGCAUCCUCAGGAGCUGUGGUCUUUGGCCCUGGCUCAGCUGAGACCCUGCAAGUCUCUCCUGUGCUCCUCAUCCUCACUGCCUGCAGGUUUAGUCUUUUACCCCUGUAUUUGGCUGCAGCACAGAGGAGGCAAGAGGGUGUGUUUGUGCUGGGCUCUGUGCCCAGGUCUCCAGUGUGAGAAGGGGCAGGAGUUGGUGCUGCUCUGUGCACUUAGUGACUGCUGCUUUCUACUACAGAUUAAUAUAUAAUUGCAUAUAGAGAAUGACCAAUAAAUCUCUUGUCCUCA